AACAGCGCCUGCAGAGCUCAGCAGUGACUGCUUAGAGGCUGCUGCUAUGCUGCGAGGACAGUCCCACCGCCAGCGGAGAGAAUAACGUCCCGAACCAGAGUGUAGAGAGACAGUCUGAGGUGGAGGGUGAAUUAAAGUUUCACAAAGGAGAAUAUGAACAAAGCAGAAGGACCAUGUCGACCCACCGCUCCUCUAAAGUUCACUAUUGACAACAUCCUAAACCUGAAGACGAACUGUGGCAGCUGUCAGGAUGAACCAGUCCCAGAGCAAAGGCCGGAUCCGGGAAGCAGGCUGAGGCAAAGUGAACUGGUGAGUAGCUGCAGUGGAGCAGCAGACUGCGGGAACCAGGGAAAGACGCGCUUUGACAGCGGAGACAGCAGCUGCGAGGACAGCGGCUCCAUCACCACCACCGCCACGGUACCGGAGGCUUCUCUGGAGCUCCAUAGAGGAGGGAGCCCCAAUAAAAAGAGCAAAAUAGUAACGAAAAAGAAGACGCGUACGAUUUUUUCAAAGAGACAGAUUUUCCAGUUGGAGUCUACCUUCGACAUGAAGCGCUACCUGAGCAGCGCAGAGCGCGCGUGCCUGGCCAGCUCCCUACAGCUGACAGAGACCCAGGUGAAAAUCUGGUUCCAGAACCGCAGGAAUAAACUGAAGCGCCAGAUCUCUACCGAGAUCGACGGACCGGUCAGAGAUUUCCCCGAGGCAGGGAAACCCGCAGCGGGGGGGACUCUACCCGCCUUGUAUAAAGAGAACAACCUGCUGGGAAGAUGUCUGCUGCCAAUGCCUCUGCCGCUGGUUUACCCAGGGAGCAGCGCACCUUACCUCUGCUUCUCUAGCGCCAGCAAGUACCUGAGUCUGUACGAUGGGGAUGUAUGACAGCUUUUUCGCUGCUCCCUGACUAAACGAGACAAUCUUCUUGGUGACUUUCUCGCCAAGUCUUUUGAGCGUCUGAGACAUUUUGUGGCCAAAACAUUUUUUAAUGCAAUUGUCGUUAUUUUUUAUGAAGACUGCAAGUCUAAAGACAGCAAAUUAGUUUCUUAUCAUGUACUUAAAGCAUGUUCAGCAUUAUUUAUGUCCAGUUGAAGAAAGUACCUCUGGUACAAAACAAGUUACAUAGCUCAGAAGACCUAAAACACAUUAUUGUUUACCGCAUACUAGUAUUUUGUAAUUAUUUUAUCAUCAACUGCAGCCUAAGCCACCAAAGAAAUUAUUACUAUAGCCUAUCUGCAUGCGUUUUCUGUCAUGAUUUUUAAUGCUACAGCUAUGUAUUUAAAUGAAUGUAAUUAACAUUUUAUUUAGUUUUACGCACGUGUUUUAUUUUCCUUCUUAAAAUAUAUUCUUUCUUUAUUCCACUUUGCCAAGGG